CCCCGCCGCAUGUGCGCCCCGCCCGCCCGGUCGCUCGUGGGCAGAGAGCAGGGCGCGGCGGCCCGGAGCGCGGGCCGAGCUUGCCGGAUCAAGACCCGACCCUGCCGAGCGCUCCCGUCACCCACCCGCCGCCGGCAGGAGGGCGCGGGAGGUGGCACCAUGGCCUUCUCCCAGGUGCAGUGCCUGGACGACAACCACGUGAACUGGCGCUCCAGCGAGUCCAAGCCCGAGUUCUUCUACAGCGAGGAGCAGCGCCUGGCGCUGGAGGCCCUGGUGGCCCGAGGCCGCGACGCCUUCUAUGAGGUGCUGAAGCGGGAGAACAUCCGCGACUUCCUCUCCGAGCUGGAGCUCGGGCGCAUCCUGGAGACCAUCGAGGUGUACGACCCGGGCUCCGAGGACCCGCGGGGCGUGGCGCCCUGCCCGGGGCCUGAGGACCUCGCGGUCGGGGACGGCGAGGAGGCCAGCGCGGCAGGAGGGGCGCCCGCUGAGGCCAAGCCGCUGCCCUCGCUGGAGUACUGGCCGCAGAAGUCGGACCGCUCCAUCCCGCAGCUGGACCUGGGCUGGCCCGACACCAUCGCCUACCGCGGCGUGACCCGGGCCAGCGUCUACAUGCAGCCCCCGAUCGACGGGCAGGCCCACAUCAAGGAGGUGGUGCGCAAGAUGAUCGGCCAGGCCCAGAAGGUGAUAGCUGUGGUCAUGGACAUGUUCACCGAUGUGGACAUCUUCAAGGACCUGCUUGACGCUGGCUUCAAGAGAAAGGUAGCCGUGUACAUCAUUGUGGACGAGAGCAACGUCAAGUACUUCCUGCACAUGUGUGAGCGGGCCCGCAUGCACCUGGGGCACCUCAAGAACCUCAGAGUGCGGAGCAGCGGGGGAACCGAGUUCUUCACGCGGUCGGCGACCAAGUUCAAGGGUGCCCUGGCCCAGAAGUUCAUGUUUGUGGAUGGAGACCGGGCCGUGUGUGGCUCCUACAGCUUCACGUGGUCGGCCGCGAGGACGGACCGCAACGUGAUCUCCGUGCUGUCCGGCCAGGUGGUGGAGAUGUUCGACCGGCAGUUCCAGGAGCUGUACCUCAUGUCGCACAGCGUCAGCCUCAAGGACAUUCCCAUGGAGAAGGAGCCGGAGCCGGAGCCCAUCCUGCUGCCCUCCGUGGUGCCCCUGGUGCCUGCGGGCACCGUGGCCAAGAAGCUCGUCAACCCCAAGUACGCGCUGGUCAAGGCCAAGAGCGCCGACGAGAUCGCCAAGACCUCUGACAAGCAGGAGGCCAAGAGGCCCCCGGGGCUGCGGGGCCCGGCGCUGGCCGAGGGGCCAGGAGACCUGGCCGAGCCGCUGCCGCCCAUCCACCCCGGGCUGCUCCACCUGGAGAGGGCCAACAUGUUUGAGUACCUGCCCACGUGGGUGGAGCCUGACCCCGAGCCGGGCAGUGACAUCCUGGGCUACAUCAACAUCAUCGACCCCAACAUCUGGAACCCCCAGCCCAGCCAGAUGAACCGCAUCAAGAUCCGCGACACGUCCCAGGCCAGCGCCCAGCACCAGCUGUGGAAGCAGAGCCAGGACGGUGGCACCGCCCCAGAGCUCCGCCCUGCCCCCGGGCCCAGUGCCCUCCAGGACGGCGCCCCAGCCCAGAACGGCCUCCCCCAGGUCGACCCUGAGCCACUGCCCCCCGUGCCCAAGCCCCGGACAGUCCCUGUGGCAGACCUGCUAGCCCACGACGAUGGCAGUGUUGGCUGGGCCGUGGGGACCCCAGAGGAGGAGGCACCCCAGAACGGGACAGGCCACAGUCUGCCCAGGCCGGUGGGCCCAGGCCAGGCCCCGCUCCAGCGGCAGCUGUCAGUGACCCAGGAUGACCCCCACGGCCUCGGGGCAGGGAUCCCGAAUGGGCUGGACCGGGAGGAGGAGGAAGAUGACGAUGACUAUGUGACCCUUAGUGACCAGGACAGCCUCUCGGGCAGCUCCAGCCGUGGCCUGGGCCCCCGGCGGCCCUCAGCGGCCUCCUCCAUGUCGGACGAGUACUUCGAGGUGAGGGAGCGCUCAGCCCCUCUCCAGAGGCGCCACUCGGAGCAGGUGGCCAACGGCCCGGCCCCGCCGCCCCGCCGCCAGCUGAGUGCCCCCCACAUCACCCGAGGGACCUUUGGCGGGCCCCUGGGGGGCUCCCCGUGGGCCCAGGGUCGGGGGAGAGAAGAGGCGGACGUGCCAAGGAGGAUGCAGGCCCAGCGCCGCUCGGACAAGGACGCACAGGGCCAGCAGUUCCAGCACUGUAGGGUCCCUGCCUCGGGGACCAGGAGUAAAGAUGGCUUCCCAGGAGCCUCUCGGUACCGCGCUGCUGCUGACGGCGCCCAGAGCUCUGCCAGGAAGGCAGGCCCUCACCACUGGCAGGCCAGGGGUGGCCCGACACCCCGCGUGCUGCCAGACCCUGCGAGCCCCAGGCUGGCCCGAAAUGCACAGCCCCUGGCCGGUGGCCGGGCCGCUGAGGAGCAUCCGAGCCCCUUCGGAAUCCCGUACUCCAAACUGUCUCAGUCGAAGCACCUGAAGGCCAAGACAGGCGGCGGCCAGUGGGCCUCAUCCGACUCCAAACGGAGGGCUCAGGCCCCCCAGGACCCCAAGGACCCCUAGCAGCCUGCCCCAGCCUGGAGCCAUGCCCCCAGGCCUCGCCCAGCCCAGACUCGCGAUGCAGGAGAGCUGACGGCCGCCUGUGCCCCCGCAGCCCGCCUGGGGUGGCGGGAAGGGGGGUGGGCAGGGAUGCUGGCACUCACCUGGUCAGUGCACCAGUACCAGGUGGCCAUGAUGGUCAGGCCGAAGGUCAU